UGUGUUUAUAAAUACAAAAUGGCCGACUUGCCGGAUUUAUCCCAUCUGACUGCAGAAGAAAGAGCUAUCAUUGAAAAUGUCAUGAUGCGACAAAAGGAGGAAGAAGAAAGGGAGAAAGAAAUUAUGAGGAGAAAGCAAGACGAAGUGGCCGUUUUGGAGGAUACGAUUAGGCAGCGUUCGGAACAGCAGAAGAAGGCCGGCAUCGAAUUGGACGCCACGUGUCACAUCUGCCUCAAGACCAAGUUUGCCGACGGUGUGGGACACGUGUGUCAUUACUGUAACAUUCGCUGCUGCGCCCGCUGCGGCGGCAAGGUGACGCUGCGAUCUUCCAAGGUGAUAUGGGUUUGCAUACUAUGUCGAAAGAAACAAGAGCUACUUUCGAAGACCGGACAAUGGAUAAACAAAGGCCCUGGUCAAGAUGCUAUCAUGCGCCGUAUCGAAGCAGACAUGCAGCAUCAAAUCGGUUCUCCAGCUGCCGUUCCUGCUUUCCAUCACCAACAAACCCUUGUUCAACCUGGCCACCAAGUACCGCAUCAACAAUUUCUGCAGCAACAAUCCUGCGACAAACGGCCCAAACUAGAAAGAGCUCGAAGUGCUGCCGAACAAGAAAUGUUAAAUGCUCCAUCUUCGCCUCUUCGAAGGCAGUAUUCGCAGCAGGAGCAGCGUCUGAUACCUCCAGACGAUGUGGAUGAUCCUAGUUAUUACAGAGGAGAACUGGAAGGACUGAUGCGAACUCAUCCUCAUCUUGUGCAUCCUAGACAGAGGUUUGGGUUAACACCACAAACGCAGCAGCAACCAGGAGUGCCAACUGGCGGCAUAUCGCUGCCGGAAACCCCGAAGAAACAUAGACGCAGUAGACCUGAGACGCCUACCAUGCAGGGACAACAUCAACUGCAGCAACCGCAGAUUUCUUUCAGCAGCUCGGAGGAAGACCUUAGAUCGACCCCGGAGUGCGACGAGAGAUUGCGGGAAAAAGAAAUGAGGCAACGAGAGAGGAAUGCGAGAUCGGAUCGUCAAGCCAUGUUAGACGAAAAGAUCAAAAAGUUCCUGGGGGUGAGAGAUACUGGGCUAUUUACAGCCCCGUUCUUAUAA